AGUUCACGUGGAAACUAUGCUAUAAAUACUUAAAAAAUUGGUUCAACAAAUCGAACAACGCAAUAUUCAUGCUUUUUUUGCUUUUAUUAUGAAUAUAUAUUGAUUGGACUUCAAGUGUUUCAUUAGAAUUGAAAAUGUCGACUGCUAGCUUUAUGUACAAACGUUCUGGCUGGUUUGUCAGGAUGUCCCCUGAAAAGCAAGAUACCUUGCUGAAGAUGCUUAUUCUAUCAAUGGCUGCUGUGCUGUCUUUCUCCACCCGCUUGUUUUCUGUUUUGAGAUUUGAAAGUGUUAUUCAUGAAUUUGAUCCUUACUUCAACUAUCGUACAACAAAAUUUCUGUCAGAAAAUGGAUUUUACAACUUUCACAACUGGUUUGAUGACAGAGCUUGGUAUCCUUUGGGAAGAAUUAUUGGUGGCACAAUCUAUCCGGGUUUGAUGAUAACAUCUGCAACUAUAUAUCAUGUUUUGCAAUUUCUUCAUGUCACCAUUGACAUUCGUAAUGUCUGUGUGUUUCUGGCUCCACUGUUUUCCAGCCUCACAACUAUUAUCACGUACUUGUUGACAAAAGAACUUAAGGAUGCAGGUGCUGGGCUUGUUGCUGCUUCUAUGAUAGCCGUUGUGCCUGGAUAUAUAUCUCGUUCCGUUGCUGGUUCUUAUGAUAAUGAAGGCAUUGCCAUCUUUUGUAUGCUUCUGACUUACUACAUGUGGAUCAAAUCUAUAAAGACAGGAUCAAUUCACUGGGCAUCUAUGUGCGGUGUUGCUUAUUUUUACAUGGUGUCGUCUUGGGGAGGUUACGUGUUUCUAAUUAAUUUAAUUCCUCUUCACGUCCUGGCAUUGAUGAUCACUGGCCGAUUUUCACAUCGAGUUUAUGUUGCUUACAGUACAUUGUAUUGCCUUGGAACUUUGUUAUCUAUGCAAAUUUCUUUUGUUGGAUUUCAACCUGUUCAAUCAAGUGAGCAUAUGGCGGCUCUUGGAGUAUUUGGCCUUUGCCAGAUCCAUGCUUUUGUCGAUUAUUUACGAUCUCGCUUGUCCUACGAAUAUUUUGAGGUGCUUUUCCAAGCCGUUGUUUCUUUCUGUGCCGUUGUAGCUCUUUCUGUUGGGGCUGUUUUAACUAUCACUGGCAAAAUUUCACCUUGGACUGGUCGGUUUUACUCUUUAUUGGAUCCUUCUUAUGCCAAAAACAACAUACCUAUCAUUGCAUCUGUCUCAGAACAUCAGCCCACAUCCUGGUCAAGUUUCUAUUUUGAUUUGCAGUUUCUUGUGUUUAUGUUUCCAGUUGGACUUUACUAUUGCUUUUCAAAGCUUACAGAUGCCAAUAUUUUCAUAAUUUUGUAUGGAGUUACCAGCAUUUAUUUCGCCGGUGUUAUGGUACGAUUGAUGCUUGUAUUAGCACCUGUAAUGUGCAUUCUGUCUGGCAUUGGUGUAUCAUCCAUUUUAACAACAUACUGCAAGCAACUUGAUUCAACUCAACAUGACAAAAAAGCCAAAAGAUUUGACAGCAACUAUUUCAAGAAAAAUGAAGUUGCAUGUUCAUUUAUCCUCGUGAUGUCCUUUUUUCUGACCGCUUACAUGAUCCACUGUACAUGGGUCACAUCAGAAGCUUAUUCCUCGCCUUCUAUUGUGUUAUCAGCUCGAAGUCACGAUGGAUCUAGAAUCAUUUUUGAUGAUUUCCGAGAAGCUUAUUACUGGUUGAGACAUAAUACUCCCGAAGAUGCCAAAGUUAUGUCCUGGUGGGAUUAUGGCUAUCAAAUUACUGCUAUGGCUAAUAGGACAAUACUAGUGGACAACAACACCUGGAACAACACUCACAUUUCUCGUGUCGGUCAAGCCAUGGCAUCAUCCGAAGAAAAAGCUUAUGAAAUUAUGAAAGAAUUGGAUGUGAAUUAUGUGUUGGUUAUUUUUGGUGGACUUACAGGUUAUUCUUCAGAUGACAUUAAUAAAUUUCUGUGGAUGGUACGUAUUGGUGGAAGCACAGAACGUGGAAAACACAUUAAGGAAAAUGACUACUAUACUUCCUCAGGAGAAUUUCGCAUCGACAGAGAAGGAUCUCCUAUUCUUUUGAAUUGUCUUAUGUACAAAAUGUGUUACUACAGAUUUGGUUCUGUGUAUACCGAAGCUGGAAAACCUCCUGGAUAUGAUAGGGUCAGAAAUGCCGAAAUUGGAAAUAAAGACUUUGAGCUGGAUGUGCUAGAAGAAGCUUAUACUACGGAACAUUGGUUGGUUAGAAUAUAUAAAGUUAAAGAUUUGCCUAAUAGAGGAGUUUAACUUUUACAACCAUGUCUUUCUUUUUUAUACUUAAUAUUUUUGUAUGAAUAACAAGUGUUCAAAUUUUUGAGUUGAGUUUUUUCAUGUUACAUAUGGGAGAUUUCAGUGUCUGACACAAUUUUAUACACUUGGUUUAUGUUGUCAAAAACGAUGCAAAAACAAUAUGCAUUUAAAUUAUCUGCUUAAAGUAAGAAAUGCUAAAACAUUUUUUAAAAAAAUACCCCCCCCCCCUCUAUUGUUUAAUGUUUCUGCAUUCACAUUGUUUUUAAAUUGAGAGAAAAAAAAUUAAUUUGGAAAAACGAUAUGACUGGAUGAAAUUUUCUUGAUGAAAAAUUUUCUGUUUAAAAUGUGUCUUCUAAUUAACUAUGUAGAACCAAUUAACAAAAAAAAAAAAAAAAAGAAUUUGAAAAAAAAAUUAAUAAGGAACUAAAGUUGUUUAAUUUAGUAUUAAAUUUAUGAAUUCCUUCCGUUCUUGCCUUGUAGUUUAAAGGGGAUAUCUAAGGUUUCAUAUCUGAAUGAAAUUUUUAGAGGUAAAUUAAACAUUAGUUGGUGUUAUUUAAACAUGGCUCCUUCCUUGUGAAAUUAAUUUUACAUAGUACAUAUUAGGCAGUGAGAAGCAAAGGUAUGUAAGUGGCAAAAUUGAAAAUUUGGAGAUAACCAGUACACCAGUGGUAGGAGAACCUCCCCUCGUCUUGGGGCAAGAGAUGGUACUAGCAGCCCUGGUAGUUGCUGCUAUGCAGCAUGAUUUAAAAAAAUAUAUAUUCAAUGAAAUUCUACCUAGGAGCUAAUCUUUUAACGCGUUUUACUCAAAACUUGAAAAUGUCCACUUGCAUCCCUUUGCUUCUCACUGCCUCAUAUGUACAAACUUCCAACAUUCCAGAGUUGACUUUUAAAAUGGAUUGUUUAAGCUUCUUCAUUUCUUUCCUUGAUCUAAUCUUAAGGAACUUGUGAGACAACUUGUGAUCAUACCGCUUCCUCCCUCAUCUAGUGAUUGUGAUUUUUCAGAACAAAUGCUGUUUAUAAUUGUAAUGAUUUUAUGUCCUAAUUGAAAUGAACAAAUAUAAUUUAUUAACAAAUAUGGUUUGUCAAUGUUUGCAGGUUUUUAAUGUUGCACCCUGAUAUAAAAGUUGCUCAUGAAUAAAAAUGUCCCUUGUAAUUUCAGUUGUUUUUGGUGUUUUGAAAAUUAAGUUUGAUAUAUUAUUUGCCAAUGUCAUUUUUAAGAAUCGAACAAUAUUUUAUUAAUGUGCUUUCUACAUUUACCACAAAUGUAUUUUAUGAUUUAUUUAGUUAUUUAAUCAAACCAAGAUGCAUUUGAAGUACAAUCACAUUUUGAAAAGAUGUCACAUUUUUGGUAAUAAAAUGAACACUUGGAUGGAUAA